CAAUCAAAAGCCCAUUCAAAUUGUCUGCAAAUAUUAUGAGGGAAAUAAUAAUACUUCUAUCACCAGCUGUAUAACCCCUAAAAUGUCUACCAUUUGGAGAGAUAUUCUUUCUAUUGGCAGGGAAAAUGAAAGAGCAAAAACAUGCUUCAUUGAUGGAUUUCCCAGACAGAUCGGUGAUGGAGCAAAAACCAAUUUCUUGUCUGACGUGUGGUUGGGCAGCUCCUCCUUCAAACUGGAAUUUCCACGAUUAUACAACCUUUCCCUCGAUAAAGAAAUGUCAGUUGCUGACCUCAAACCAUCUAAAGGUCAAGGAUGGCAUUUCAAUUGGCGUCAUGAACCAUUUGGGAGAGAGCUGGAUGAAUACAAGAGAUUAGAGGACACUCUAAAGCCUGUUAACAUCCAUGACACCAAGCCAGAUAACUUCAAUUGGAUACACUGCCCAUCAGGAUACUCAGCAAAAUCAGCCUACCAAAUUCUUGAAAACCCCACCACUUGUCUUCAAGGCAGUAUUUGCAGCUUGAUUUGGAAUCCAUUGGUGCCCUCUAAAAGGACGCAAAUCACAUCUUUGCCAAAUGCUGACAAUCUCAAAAACUAUGGAGCAAAAUAUGUCACUGGUGGGGUUUCCUUUUUGUUCCCCCGGAUAAUGCCUUUGCCAUGCUCCACCAGCUUAGUUCGCUGCAGGUCCCCAAGAAAGCAAGAAGGAGCUGGAACCUCACAAUCUCAACAGCUGCUUGGUCCAUUUGGGUAAGCAGAAAUGGUAUUAUUUUUGAAAAACAGCCUUGGAAUGAAAACAGAUUGAUUGACUUAAUUCAAUCUAGAACUUUCUGCUGGAUCAAAGGAAACUCUACCUGUGCUAAGUUUAAUUUCGUGGACUGGUGUCAAUUCCCACUCCAUUGUGCAGUUGAUUUUUAACUUAUUGAACUUUUAAUGUAAUGUAUGGGUGAGUACCCCUUGUACUCUUUUAUUAAUAACACUUUUGAUUCAUA